CGGAGAUGAUCGUCUACCCGCCAUCCCACCAACAAGUCCCUCGUUUGCUCCCUUCCCUCCGCCUCGUCAUCCGCGUCCCCCUGGGACCUGAAUGCCUCGAGGGGGGAAGUCCGCGAAAUCACUGCCGCCGCCGCCGCCGUCGUCAUUCACUCUUUCUUGGUUGUAUCCCAUCUUCCCUCCCUUUCUACCGCCACCCGCGACUCAGCAUCAACACAUUCAUCCACGAGAUCCAAGACACGGCCAUUGCGCUCUUUUACUCCAUAACAAGACCCCCAGAACUGCUUUGACGGCUCAAAGAACUGCACUGCGACGUCCUGCAGAACUGGAACCUCUCGCGACAGCACAAUGGCCGACGAGGAACAAGCAGCCCGGCCUCCGGCGCAAAUCUACCAGACGCCAGACUGGGAGACGCCCACCGCCAACAAGCGCCGCUCCCUCUUCGAUCGCUUCGUUCCGGCAUCGGCGACACCGAACCACGGCGUCACUUCCGGCGAGGGUUUUGCCAAGGAGAACAGCACCUCUACCGAUUCCCAUCAUGCCUACCCGGCUGUCCCAGCGGCAGCCGCUGCGACGGCGUCUCCAAAGACGCAUCCUUCUCUCCACGCCCGCUUCGACGCCCUGCUGCCCCCCAACAAGACCUACGCCGGCCUCUCCCGCAAGAAGUUCCUGCUCUUCGUCGCCCUCCCCCUCGCCGUCCUUCUCCUGUUCGUCCUGCCCCUCGCUCUGGGCCUCGGCCUCUCGAAGCGCGGCGGCGGCGGCGGCAAGCAAGACCUGCCCCUGCCCACGAACGAGGAGGUCCACACCGGCGACCUGACGUACUACGACGUCGGGCUCGGCGCCUGCGGGUACACGAGCAGCGACAGCGACAUGAUUGUCUCCGUGUCGCACUACCUCUGGGACGCGGUCCAGAGCGGCGGCAACCCGAACAACAACCCGCUGUGCGGCAAGAAGAUCCGCGUCCGCCGCGACGCCGAGGGCUCCGUCGACGUCACCGUCGUUGACCGUUGCACCGGGUGUAAGCCGACAGAUCUGGACCUGAGCCCGGCCGGCUUUGAGCGGCUGGCAGACAAGGACGAGGGAAGAGUGAAGGGCACCUGGAGCUGGCUGGAUUGAUGACAGUGAGAGAGUGGCACCAUGGACGGGACUACUGCACAGAUGUGCACCCGAGUCGUCAUGUCGGAGCUGUGACAGAAAAACGCUUCACGAGGAAUGCGACCAAGAGCCGAGGCGGGAAUGAUGUCGCGUGUGUUUGGAAUGUUUCGAUACCCCCCCUGUUAGUCCUUAUGCUUUCCUCACGUUAUAAAUAUCAUUGCCGACAAGGCAUGCGAAUGCGACCUUUUUCUCACCAUCAAACAUUGCGGAUCUCCUCAGCCGCACGCAGCCAAGAUGGGCGGGCCCUCGCUCGGGUUCUCCAACAAGAGUGUUUCGAUUACUGUUUCAUUACAUUACUCCAUCGCCUAUCAACCAGGUCCAGGGGGGGGGGGG